GAGAGGCUCCGGGGGGGGAGCCUGACAUAUACACAAACACACGCAGCGAUCGCGGGAUCAUGGCGCUGGGAGACGCUUGGAAGCGCAUGUCCUGGCUGUACUACCAGUACCUGCUCGUCACCGCCCUGUACAUGCUGGAGCCCUGGGAGAGGACGGUUUUCAACUCUCUCCUGAUCUCUGUGGCUGGAAUGGCUGUCUACACUGGCUAUGUCUUCAUGCCUCAGCACAUCAUGGCUAUUCUGCACUACUUCGAAGUAAUACAGUGAUGGAGGAGCCUUCAGCCGAGUCUGUGGAUAGGAGGAGGUGGAAGAGGGGGCCUGCGUUCUUGCUGGACAGCUUAUCCUGUGACUGUUCAUCCCAAUGUUAUUGACUAAACAGUUGUGCUGUUGGCAGAGAAUGUGGAAUUCCAGCAGAAGGGAAGAGAGGAGCUGAAGCGUCUAUUUAUUGAAGAAUCAUUCCAUUUAUUUCAUGCAAGUUGUCAUUAUGUAGCAACUUGAUGGCUGUUUUUUUGUCCUUGUGACCUGUACGCACUGAUGUCAGUGUUAAUAAUUUUUUUUUAACAAGGGAUCAUGGUGACAGUUGUGGUUUUUCCGACUGUUAAAGUUUUUCUUGUUAAAAGUUUUGUAGUAAUUAUACCUAACUUGUAAGAGAAUGAGAAAGUUUUAAUUGCUUUAAACUUGCUUUUGUAACAGUUGUUGAUCAGAUUUGUUGUUUUUGGGGACCGCCGUAGAGCAUUUUGUACUUUGAAAACCAAGAUCUUCAAUAUAGACUUAAAGAACAUUUUUGUUCUUGAUGUAAUCUGUAUUUGUAAGAUGCAUAAAUAUUGUAUCUCAGGUGUUAUUUUUGUGGAACUAACCUUUCUGACAAUACAAUGUUAAAUCUGUUUUCUACGUUUCCUCUUUUGGGUGUGGAGGUUCAGCAGUCUUUGCACAGUGCUUCGAUCUUAUAGCAGACUAAUGAGUGCAUUGCCAGUAACAGAGGUUAAUUUCAUACUGAAAAGAAAAACAGCUGCACUUCACCUGCGGAGCUGAAACCACCUCUUUUUUUUGUGAAAAGUUACAAGUGAGAGACCAUCCACCUUGUUGGGAUGCUACUAGCUGAUGGAUCCAAUGAUAUUAUUCAGUUGUUUCUUGGCUGGGCAGCUUGUUCCAGCCCCUGCAACUCCUUUGUUGUAAUAAAGCGCCUCCUGUUUUCAGUUG